AUGAGCAUGCUCAAGUCUUUCCCGCACGGUAUCGCCAUGCCGGCACAGGCCCAUCCAAGCUGGUUUAGGAACCGGGUUGCCACAAGAGCUGGGACACGGGCCUGCAAGUUCACCGCGACAGCUCAUUUCGAGGACACGGUGACGGGAAUGCCGGUGCCAGAGCAGGCGGAGGCGGAGGUGGCGCGGAGUCUGAACCUAGGCGGGUGGGUGCAGGAACAGAUGUUGCCGCUGCUCACCUCGGUGGAGGACGCGUGGCAGCCCAGCGACCUGCUUCCCUGCUUUUCACUUUCUUCAGCAGGUAGCGUUGCCGAGGAGCAGCAGCCGUCGAUGACGAUGAUGGUGGAGGAGCUGCAGGCCCGAGCGUCGGGCGUGCCGGACGACGUGCUGGUGUGCCUGGUGGGCAACAUGGUAACGGAGGAAGCGCUGCCGACGUACAUGUGCAUGAGCAACCGAGUGGUGGGCAACCGCGACGACACGGGUUGCAGCGAGCUCCCCUGGGCGCGCUGGCUCCGGGGCUGGACGGCCGAGGAGAACCGCCACGGCGACCUCCUCAACCGCUAUCUCUACCUCUCCGGCCGCGUCGACAUGCGCCGGGUUGAGAGGACCGUCCACCACCUCCUCCGCAACGGUAUGCAGAUGCUGAGGCCGUCUAGCCCCUACCACAACGUCGUCUACACUUCCUUCCAGGAGCGCGCCACCUUCAUCUCGCACUCCCACACCGCAAGGCACGCCAUGCGCCACGGCGACCGCUGCCUCGCCAAGAUCUGCGGCGUCGUGGCCGCCGACGAGAAGCGCCACGAGGCGGCAUACACUAAGGCAGCCGCCAAGCUCUUCGAGCUCGACCCGGACGGGAUGGUGCGAGCGGUGGCCGCCGUUCUGCGCGACAAGAUCACCAUGCCCGGCCAGCUCAUGACAGACGGCCGAGACGCCGACCUCCUCGCGAAAUUCUCGGCGGUCGCGCAGCGCACCGGGGUGUACACGGCAAGGGACUACGGCGACAUGGUGGAGCACUUCGUGCGGAGGUGGAAGGUGGCUGACCUCGCCGGGGGUCAGCUGUCCGGCGAGGGGCGGCGCGCUCAGGAGUACGUUUGCGGGCUGCCGCGCAAGAUCCGGCGGGUGGAGGAGCUGGCCCACGACCGCGCGAUCAAAGCCGCGAAAGAGCCCGAGUUCGCAAGGUUCAGCUGGGUCUUCGACAGGUCUGUCUGCAUCAGAGGCAGAGCCUAA